GAAGACAGCUUGGUAAAAACGUGCUUUAAUUAAGUAGAUAAAGUAUCUAACGUCGACAAACAACAAGAAUGCUGGACUAUUGCUCAAAUGACAAUGGGACGUCGGGGUUUCACCAAAAUGCCAGUCCUAACUCCAUGUCCAUGGCAUCACUACUGAACAUGAAUGUUAAUAUGGACUCUACCGGGAGACAACCGGCGUUUGUGCUAAGUUCUCCCCCUUUAGCAGCCCUUCAUAAUAUGACAGAAAUGAAAGCCCCAGUGACGUCGUCAGCUGCAGCCAAUUUCUUGACGUCAGCCCAGUAUCAGCAAUCUUUGAAGAAUUUUUCCGCCAAUUCCACCCCUCAUGGAAUUCAGGAUAUCCUGAGUCGACCUCAGAUUCAUGCUCUAGGACUUUCCAGGUUAAAUGCUGCUGGGAUGUACUUAAAUUCGCAAUGCAGAAUGCCCAAGUUGGCGGAACUUCCCGGACGACCGCCUAUUUACUGGCCGGGACUUCUCAAUGGUCAAAGCUGGCGACCCAACAGUACAGGAAACAUUGUAGUGGACAAAGAUGGGAAAAAGAAACACACACGACCAACUUUCUCCGGGCAGCAAAUUUUUGCUCUGGAAAAAACAUUUGAACAGACCAAAUACUUAGCUGGUCCCGAGAGAGCACGAUUGGCCUACGCGCUAGGGAUGUCCGAGAGCCAAGUCAAGGUUUGGUUCCAAAACAGACGAACAAAAUGGAGAAAGAAACAUGCAGCGGAAAUGGCAUCGGCAAAGAAAAAGCAAGAACAAGCCGAGGACCUGGAAACUUCCGAUAUAGAGGAUGACCAAUCGUCUGACAGCAGUAAACUGCGUGACCAAAUGUCAGAAUACUUAGAACAAGCUGGCUUGUAG